AUGUCUCACUCUCGUGCUCUCAACGAUGAUGAAGUCAUCGCCGAAAUGAAAAAAAUGGUUGCUUUUAUCAACCAAGAAGCUAUCGAGAAAGCAAGAGAAAUUAGUGUUAAGGCAGACGAGGAAUUCAAUAUUGAAAAGGCCAAAUUAGUUCGCCAGGAAUCGAUCAAUAUUGAAGCUACUUUCCAGAGGAAAAUCAAACAGGCCGAGGUACAAAAGAAGAUAGCACAAUCAAAUUUCGUGAAUAAAUCUCGACUGAAGGUUCUCCAAACUCGUCAAGCAUAUCUUGAGGAAUUGUUCAAUGAUACGAGACAAAAAUUGCAAGAGAUCUCAGCUGAUAAAGCUAAAUAUACCAGCUUGUUAAAAAAUCUAAUUCUAGAGGGGUUAUAUUCCUUGUUGGAUGAGUCCGUCUCUCUUAUCGUGCGCAAAGCCGACAUCAAUCUCGUCGAGUCAGUCAUUCCUCAGGUAUCAGAGGCUUAUCAUACGGCAACAAAUCAAAAAGUUGACAUAACCGUUGAAAGCGAUCACCACGUUCCCGCGUCGAGUGCGGGUGGUAUUAUUCUUACUUCUAAUCACGGACGUAUAAGAGUCAAUAAUACACUGGAAGAAAGACUGAACCUUGCUCAAGAAGAGAUGCUUCCAGAAAUUCGCGUCCUUCUCUUCGGACACUCGCCAAAUCGCAAAUUCUUCAACUAG